UGCCUAUACAACUCUUCCAUAAUCAGAAGCGGCAAUUGAAGGCUGUUCCCGGAUCAUUGCCAAAAAUCGACAAUAAGUGAGCCAACGCCAAGAAUCUGACGCCAGCCGUUCCCUUAUCGAGUUGCAAAAGUGCAUUGGCCAUUGUGAUCACAAUAGUCCACCAGCGAUCGCACAGUGAAGAGAACGCAAGCGAGGAAGAAAUUGUAUCUUAAGAUACUAAUAGUUAGUGAACGUCUUCUAGUGGCGGAAUCUACAUGUGUCCCAAUCGACGGGAGAAGCUCUAGUCUGGAACUCAGUGAUCUGUCCAUGCGCAGUCAAUAGUAUCUUCCAUAUUUUUGGAGGCUUAGAGAGCUUACGGUGGUUCCGAUCGCUAGACGCUAGUCCAGCCAAAAACCCCAAUUUCAGAUUGUAAACUCCAGAUACGGAUAGUGGAGACUAAUAGAAGAUAACCGGUUCAGCGAAAUGUCAAACGAAGCAGAGUCUACCGAAAAGUAUGAUCUGGAAGAUCUCGGGGCCGAAAUGAGUUCUCGUAAGGCCGGCCGAGGUUUGUGGUUGCUGGUGACCAUGGACGUGGUUUUCGGAUUGUUAGAUCUCAUUCUUUGUGGAUUUUUCGUAUAUUGGUCCUUUGCUGCAGAUGGAGUUGUGUUAUUUGCUUGGCACCCUUCGUUAUUGAGUAUUGGGUUCAUCUUAUUUAUGACUGAAGCUAUCAAUGUCUACAACAAUGCUGUACUCAUGAAUAAGGGUCGCAAAUCUUAUUCAUACCGGGUUCUGGCACAUUGGGUCCUCCACACAUUUGCAAUGAUUUGUAUCACCGGAGGUUUUGCUGCAAUUGUUUGGAACAAGAUACGAUUGGGAAAACAUCAUUUCAAAACGCCUCAUGCGAUAGUGGGGCUAAUAACUUUUAUCUUAAUGUUUCUAGUCGCUGCUGGAGGAAUAGCUACCAAGUAUAGUUUUAGCCUAAGGAAGAGAAUACGCCCAGUUGUAUUGAAGUUGACACAUUCUGGUUUGGGACUGUUAAUAUACUGGCUAGGAGGAGUUACUUUAAUUUUAGGACUUUACACUAAGUGGUUUGAAAAACAUCGGACACAAACAGAUUUGUAUUUUUCGAUAGCAGCUAUCCUUGUUAUUUGGUUUUCUACGUCUUUGAGACCAAUGCGUCAGAUUUUUAAAAGAUUGAAGCAAAUGUUUACAUCGAUUUAAUAUCAGCAUCUUUCCAAUAAUUUGGUUUUAAAAUUAAUUCUAAAAUCUUCACCUGAAAAUAUAUGUUUGGUGUACAUAGUUACAGAUAAAAUUUUGAAUUGAAACAUGUGAUAACAGCUUUUUUCAACCCCCAACUUGUAUAUAUGUACAUAUACAUUAUGUGAUAAUAGAAAAAACCUAAUAAAGAACAUAUACUCGUAUUUAAAAAUA